AUGCCACGGGAGAUCGUGACCGUUCAGCUGGGCCAGUGCGGCAACCAAAUGGGUUCCGUCUACUGGCAACGGCUGUGCGCCGAGCACGGGAUUAACAAAGAAGGCAUUCUAGAGGACUGGGCGACUGAAGGUGGAGACAGGAAAGACGUUUUCUUCUACCAGGCGGAUGAUGAGCACUACAUCCCACGAGCCAUUCUCGUCGACCUUGAACCAAGAGUAAUCAACGGAAUCCUCUCCUCGCCAUACGCAAACCUGUACAAUCCCGAAAACAUUUUUGUGUCCAAGGAUGGCGGGGGUGCCGGCAACAACUGGGCUCAAGGCUACGCUGCAGGCGAGCGCAUAUACGAAGAGGUCAUGGAGAUGGUUGAUCGGGAGGCUGAGGGAAGCGACUCGUUGGAGGGGUUUAUGCUCAUGCACUCCAUUGCCGGUGGAACCGGCUCAGGAGUAGGCUCUUUCUUGCUAGAGCGCCUGAAUGACAAGUUCCCCAAGAAGUUGAUACAAACAUACUCCGUAUUCCCGAACGCUCAAGAAGGAGAUGUUGUCGUCCAGCCAUACAACGCAAUGCUCACGCUCAAACGUCUCACCAACCACGCGGAUUCGGUCGUUGUUUUGGACAAUGGUGCUCUUACUCGGAUAUCUGCCGACCGGCUUCACGUCCAAACACCAAGCUUUGAUCAAACGAACCAACUGGUUUCUACCGUGAUUGCUGCGAGCACACAAACGCUCAGGUAUCCUGGCUACAUGAACAACGAUCUCGUAGGCAUCAUCGCAUCAUUGAUUCCUACACCACGAUGCCAUUUCCUCAUGACAUCCUACACCCCGUUCACGAGCGAUCAAAUUGACAAAGCAAAGCCUAUUCGACGAACAACAGUCCUCGAUGUCAUGCGACGUCUCUUGCAACCCAAGAACUGUAUGGUAUCAACUACCCCAAGCAAAACGGCGUGUUACAUCUCGAUCCUCAACAUCAUCCAGGGUGACGUCGACCCCACAGACGUGCACCAAUCCCUCCUCCGCAUCCGCGAGCGCCAGCUCGCCAACUUCAUCCCUUGGGGACCGGCCUCGAUUCAAGUCGCUCUCACACGGCGGUCGCCGUAUGUACAAACAAAUCACCGCGUGAGCGGGCUCAUGCUCGCGAACCACACCAGCGUCGCUUCGCUCUUUAAGCGCAUGCUCGACCAAUUCGACCGCCUGCGCCGGCGAAAUGCCUUCGUCGAACAAUACAAGAAAGAGAAGAUGUUCCAGGACGGCCUCGAGGAGUUCGAUGACGCGCGAGCUACAGCAGAAGAACUGCUCAAGGAGUACAAGGCGUGUGAAAGCCCGGACUACAUCACCUACGACCACACUAACCUGUACUUUACUGCAUAG